AAAGUCGUCGAGAAUUGAUCUUCACAGGGGCAAAGCUGCGGCUGGGAGAGCCAUGUUUCCCCAGAGCAGACACCCGACGCCACACCAGGCCGCAGGCCAGGCAUUUAAAUUUACCAUCCCUGAAUCCUUAGACCGGAUUAAAGAAGAAUUCCAGUUUCUCCAAGCUCAGUAUCACAGCCUUAAAUUGGAAUGUGAAAAACUAGCGAGUGAAAAGACAGAAAUGCAGAGGCACUAUGUUAUGUAUUAUGAGAUGUCUUAUGGACUUAAUAUUGAGAUGCACAAACAAACAGAAAUUGCCAAGCGACUGAACACAAUUUGUGCACAAAUCAUCCCAUUUCUUUCUCAGGAACAUCAACAACAGGUGGCUCAAGCCGUAGAGCGUGCCAAACAAGUGACAAUGGCAGAGUUGAAUGCCAUCAUCGGGCAGCAGCAGUUGCAAGCUCAACAUUUAUCCCAUAGUCAUGGACCACCAGUGCCUCUCACUCCACAUCCUUCAGGACUUCAGCAAUCUGGCAUUCCUCAAUUGGGAAGCAGUGCAGGCCUUCUUGCCCUUUCUAAUGCUCUAGGCGGCCAGUCUCACCUUUCCUUAAAAGAUGACAAGAAACAUCAUGACACAGACCAUCACAGAGAGAGAGAGCCAGGAACAAGUAACUCUCUGUUGGUUUCUGACAGCCUCCGAGGCACAGAUAAACGGAGGAAUGGCCCAGAAUAUUCUAAUGACCUUAAAAAGAGGAAAGUGGAUGAUAAGGAUUCUAGCCACUAUGACAGCGAUGGGGACAAAAGUGAUGACAAUCUUGUUGUUGAUGUGUCAAAUGAGGAUCCAUCUUCUCCAAGAGCAAGCCCAGCUCACUCACCGCGAGAGAAUGGUAUUGAUAAGAGCCGAUUAAUGAAGAAAGAUGCUUCUAGUAGCCCAGCCUCCACUGCAUCUUCAGGCAGCUCAACAUCUUUGAAAUCUAAAGAAAUGAGCCUGCAUGAAAAAGCCAGCACGCCUGUUCUGAAAUCAAGCACGCCAACUCCUCGUAGUGAUGUACCGACUCCCGGCACAAGUGCUACAUCAGGUCUGCGCCCAGGACUUGGCAAGCCUCCCUCCAUGGACCCUCUAGUUAACCAAGCCGCUGCUGCAGGUUUGAGGACUCCACUGGCAGUUCCUGGUCCUUAUGGCACUCCCUUUGGAAUGGUUCCACAUGCGGGUAUGAAUGGUGAACUUACCAGUCCUGGAGCUGCCUAUGCUAGUUUGCACAACAUGUCCCCACAGAUGAGUGCGGCUGCAGCAGCAGCUGCUGUUGUGGCCUAUGGGCGGUCUCCAAUGGUUGGUUUUGAUCCCCCUCCUCAUAUGAGAGUACCCGGAAUGCCUCCAAACUUAGCUGGAAUCCCUGGAGGAAAGCCUUUGUAUAUGAGCCUUCUUGUAAUUAUAAAUCACGGGGAAGUGGUUUGUGCUGUAACCAUCAGCAACCCCACAAGACACGUUUACACUGGUGGGAAAGGAUGUGUCAAGGUCUGGGACAUCAGCCAACCUGGCAACAAAAGCCCUGUUUCUCAGCUGGACUGCUUAAACCGAGAUAACUAUAUCAGAUCAUGUAAAUUACUCCCUGAUGGAUGCACUCUGAUUGUCGGAGGGGAAGCCAGCACGUUAUCCAUAUGGGACCUAGCAGCUCCCACCCCGCGUAUAAAAGCAGAGCUGACAUCAUCUGCUCCUGCCUGCUAUGCUCUGGCUAUCAGCCCUGACUCCAAGGUCUGCUUCUCCUGUUGUAGUGAUGGCAACAUUGCAGUGUGGGACUUACACAAUCAGACUCUUGUAAGGCAAUUCCAGGGCCACACAGAUGGAGCCAGCUGUAUUGACAUUUCUAAUGAUGGUACCAAGCUCUGGACAGGAGGUUUGGACAACACCGUACGAUCCUGGGACUUGCGUGAAGGACGACAGCUACAACAACAUGACUUCACGUCACAGAUCUUCUCCCUUGGAUACUGUCCAACUGGUGAAUGGCUUGCAGUAGGAAUGGAAAGCAGUAAUGUGGAAGUUCUGCAUGUAAAUAAACCAGAUAAAUAUCAGCUGCAUCUGCAUGAGAGCUGUGUGUUAUCAUUAAAGUUUGCAUAUUGUGGUAAAUGGUUUGUGAGUACAGGGAAAGACAACCUUCUUAAUGCUUGGAGAACACCAUAUGGAGCCAGUAUAUUCCAGUCCAAAGAAUCCUCAUCGGUGCUGAGCUGCGACAUCUCUGCGGAUGAUAAAUACAUUGUCACUGGAUCAGGGGACAAGAAGGCUACAGUCUAUGAAGUGAUCUACUGAAAGAGAUUGGAUUAUUACUUUGUACAAAUGAUCUGGGCCAAAAUCUACUUUUGCGUAGCAGGAGAAAGAAAAGCCGACUUUUUAUCCCGAAUAUGAAACUUUUUGCCUGUGUAUAUAGAGAAAAUGCAAUAUGGACUUGCUGAACCUCCUAUACGUUGAGAUCUGACUGCCUGGAUCAAGCUGAAGUCAACAUAUAAUGAACGUAUGAUGUCUUAAUGUGUCUGCUGAAAACAUUUUUUUUUUUUUUUUUUUAAGAAAAAUUUUUUUUUUUUUUUUUUAUAUUUUUGUGUGUCAGUUGUAUAAAAUGUAAAUAUUUGUUUUCCUACAGUAAAGUCUUUAGUACCAACAACAUUUUUUAUUUUUAUUUUGUAACUGUCAAUAUGUAAAUUGAUUUUCAUGGUGUAUAUAGGAUUUGUAAUUACUUGCAGUUACCAAGGUUGUGACUGUUUAUUCUUUUACUACACUGUGAUAGGUCUAGUCAAGUUGUAAAUGUUAUUUGAAAUAGCAGAUGCACAGUAACUUGACACCUGAUUAGUAGCUGUACGUUUAUAAGCCCGAAUCCUUUCUCUAGACAGUAUUCUUUCCUCAUAACUUACUCUUGUAGUGUGAUUGUCAUUGUUCAAGCUCUUUUCAAAACAUAAUUUCUUUCCAUUUCACAAAUCUCAGAGACUAAUCAUCCAGAAUUUAUGAAGAACCAUUUUUGAAGUGUAUGUAUAUAUACAAUUAAAAUGCAUUUGUAAGAUGGUUAGGUGUAUGAUUUUGUUCCCAUUUGAUGUCAAUCUUGAUGGGUGCUGUCAUCUAAUGGCAUCUCAAUCGAAUCUCUGUAAAAGAGUGCAGUUCAUGGGAACAUUUGGGGAUUUUUUUUUAUAGUCUUUAAUACUGAAAGGCUUUUUCCCCUUCUGUGAUUAACAUAAAUAAUAGAAAAAGCCCUGUAAAUAUAGAGUUCUGCAGAAUAGUCAUUUUGCUUCUGUUCCUCUAGUUUAUUUGUUUUUUGGGGUUUUUUUUUUUUAAAUGGAUACAUACGAUAAGCCUGCUCAGUAUUUUUAGCCAUGUGUAAUUGGCUUCUUGCAGGAAUUGGAACCUAAAUCUUCUGCUGCUUUUUCCCCCUUUUAAUAUUCCUUUGUGAAAUUUUAGGAUCAUGGCUGUUCAGCUGCAUCCAUCACACAACUGAUUUAUUUAUUUUAAGAUGAAAACAUUUGGUGAGCAGUGAACCUUGCAUCAUAUUGUAAGCCUUCCAUAGAGUCCAUUAUGAAUGUUUUUAUAAAAGCAAAGACUUUUGAUUUUUUUGUUAAUGAAGUCUAUACUUCAUUACUAUGUCUGAAUAAAACUUAA